AUGGAAAGUCCACCAAAUUUCUCCACCAUAGCGCAAGAACAUUCUGAUAUGAAGCAUACUGUUAUUCCAGUUGAAAACCCAUCGUCGACCAUCGCAUCUAUGUUUAGUGAAACUGCUAACGCUGCUUUUUCAUCAGCACCAGUACUGGAAUUGCUCGACUUUCACAAGAAUAAAUUUCGUAAGACUAUGAUUUACAUUGUACUCAUUUUCGGUCUGUUUAUUUUGGCUGGUUUGAUAUUACUUAUUAUAUCCUUCGUAUUACCAAAAUGUGACUCGUCUCAGGAAUCUUGCAAAAGACCAGGUCUUGUAUUACUUACCAUUGGAUCUACAUUUAUUGGCACAGGCGCUCUUACAAUUUUACUUGUAAUAGGAUGCGCCUCUUGUCAAUUCAGAAAACAAAUGAAUGACCUUACUGAUCCGAGAAUCACAGAAAAUCCAAUUAUUUGGCGAUAUGAAGGUACAGAAUGGAGCCGAUUUCUGGAUUAUAUCCAUGGUCCAAAUCGACAAUGGACGGAAAUGGCUCCAUUAUCAUCGUUUUGCUGCCGGCAAUCAACAUACAAUCGCUUGCUAGAUCGUCAAUAUGGUCAUGUUAUCUUAUACUGGAACGGACUUAUUAUUGAUGAAUUACAUUUCGUGUCGUUCCGUCAGUAUGAACUGCAAACUAUUGAAGUGAUGGAUUUUGAUCCGAGUCAACAAAUUCAUGGAUUAAGAAUUCAUACGUAUUUGAAAGCAGGCAAAAAUAGUCGCGAUUGUUACUUCGAUGUAUUUGCACCAUCAGGAGUUUCAUUGCGAAAACUACAAGGAAUUGUUCAAUCAUAUACGGGAAGAAUGAGCAACUCAACGAGUGCACGUUUGGCUUCAUUAGGUCUUACUUUAUUCACUUGA